GGUAAGCAUGGUCAUCGAUUGUCACUCUGCAAAUUCGACUUCAGGACUGACACAGCAACCUUAAUCUCGUCAAACGGGAUUCUUGUCGGUUUUUACAAGACAAAACUCUCGUGCCGCCAACAUGCACUUUACCGCCCCCAUCCUCGCACUGGCUGGCCUUGCGUACGGUCAGAUCAACGGUACCAAUGGAAUCGGCUCGACACCUUCUCAACGCUACGUUGUAUCAGCUGAUCAGGCAUAUCAAAUUGUUCAAGCAGCCGUUACAAAUGCCACUGCCAUUGGAGUGCCCCAGAAUAUUGCUGUCGUUGAUCCAUCCGGCCUCCUAGUCGCAUUCUUCCGUAUGGACAACGCCUACAUUGGAUCUAUUGAUAUCAGCCAGAAGAAGGCGAGGACUGCUGUAUUGUUCAAUGGGCUAUCUAGUGCUGGUCUAUACGACGCAAGUCAGCCUGGUGCGGCGCUAUAUGCUAUUGAACAGACAAAUGGUGGGCUCGUUGUCUUUGGGGGAGGACUGCCAAUCUGUUAUCAGGGAAAACUAAUUGGUGGUGUUGGUGUCAGUGGCGGCACGGUACCUCAGGAUGUAGAGGUUGCAACUGCUGGGCUAGCAGGUAUCGGAGCAAGUGCUACCACACCGAUGUAAUUAUAUUGAAGAAGCAUUCUGUGUCAGCUGAUAAAUCAAUAUGAGUUUACGCGACGCAAUCUUUUGAUGGAUACGC